UGUUCGUCAGAGGAUUUUUUGUCAAUAGGUAGUGAUUUACAUUGAGAAAAGAGCUGAAGAAUUCUUUGUUUGUUCCCCAAAAUCCAUAAUAUUUGUCCCGAGAGUUGAACCCGAUAUCAGUAAAUUGUAGCUCUGAGCUGAAAAAAUAUCUGUAUCUGCUAAAUGGCUCCCAAUUCGCAAUCCGAUGCAGAGCUGGUGCUGCAACCUUUAGGCCCUGUAGAGCAGCCCAUAACUCUGUUAGAUGGCAAGCUCUUUAUCCAUGACUUGCCAUUUUUGCGUGAUGUGCCCCCAAAUGUCCAUGUCACGCCCUUCUCUGAGCUCUGCAAUACCAAGGUGGCAGACCGUACCGGCUGCUUCCUGGGAUUCGAAACCGAGACCUCGCAAAGCCGCCAUGUGACCUCGCUGGGAAAGCUGAAAGACAUAAGGUUCUGUAGCAUUUUCCGCUUCAAGGUCUGGUGGACGACACAUUGGGUCGGAAACAGGGGCUCCGACAUGGAGACCGAGACCCAAUUUCUGCUUCUGGAUACGCCAUCCAAAGCGGCCAGUGAGGGUUUAGCUCCCCACCCAUAUGUCCUCCUGCUUCCCAUAAUUGAGGGCCCUUUCAGGGCCUCGCUGCAGCCAGGGGAAGACGACAACGUGGAUGUCUGCGUGGAGAGCUGUGACAAAGGCGUCGCAGGUUCGAGCUUCAGGAGUGUCGUUUACGUGCACGCCGGAUCAGACCCGUACGAUCUCAUGAAGGACGCUAUGCGGGCCCUGCGGGUCCAUCUUAAAACUUUCCGUCUGCGGGAGGAAAAGACCUUGCCUGGAGUGGUGGAUAAAUUUGGCUGGUGUACUUGGGAUGCAUUUUAUUUAACUGUUGCGCCCUCUGGUGUGUGGGAAGGAGUGAAAAGACUCGCUAAUGGCGCAUGCCCGCCCGGUUUUGUGCUUAUUGAUGAUGGAUGGCAGUCGAUUUCUAGUGAUGCCGAUCCGUCAAAAGAAGCCAUGGCUCUCACCGUUGCAGGUGAACAGAUGCCCUGCCGGUUGACGAGCUUCCAAGAGAAUAACAAAUUUGCUAGUUAUGUUGGCGGGUCGCUGCGUGACAAGGUUCAGGAAAGCGAGGAGGAAGAAAAGGAGACGGGAAUGGGGGCUUUUGUGAGGGAUCUGAAAACGGAGUUUCAUAGUCUGGAUUAUGUGCAUGUCUGGCAUGCCUUUUGUGGUUACUGGGGCGGUGUGCGCCCUGGGAGUACAAAAUUGCCGUCUGAAAUUUUGACCCCAAAGCUUUCGCCGGGGUUGGAAACUACCAUGGAGGAUCUGGCUGUUGAUAAGAUUGUCAACAAUGGCGUGGGCCUCGUUCCGCCGGAGCGUGCUGCGGAACUUUAUGAUGCAUUGCACUCGUAUUUGUACCGGGCGGGGAUCGAUGGCGUGAAGGUCGACGUUAUUCAUAUUUUGGAGUUGCUAAGCGAGGGCCUUGGCGGGCGGGUGGAACUGGCUAAGGCCUACUUUAAUGGGCUGAGCGAGUCCGUGAGGAAGUACUUCAAGGGAAAUGGAGUGAUCGCCAGUAUGGAGCACUGCAACGACUUUGUGUAUCUGGGCACUGAGCAGAUCACCCUCGGCCGUGUUGGGGACGACUUCUGGCCCUGUUCAGACCCGAACGACCCGAAUGGUCUGGACAUGAACGACACGUACUGGCUGCAAGGGUGCCACAUGGUGCACUGUGCCUACAACAGCCUGUGGAUGGGGCAAGUCAUGCAGCCGGAUUGGGACAUGUUUCAGACAACACAUCCCUGCGCGGCUUUCCAUGCCGCCUCCCGUGCCAUCUCCGGCGGCCCAAUUUACGUCAGCGACAAGGUGGGCGACCACGACUUUUCCCUCCUGAGAAAGCUCGUUGUUCCAGACGGCUCCAUUCUGCGCUGCCGCCAUUACGCCCUGCCUACUCGCGACUGCCUAUUCCAGGACCCACUCCACAACGGCCAAACCAUGCUCAAGAUCUGGAACCUCAACAAGUACUCGGGUGUGGUGGGUGCGUUCAACUGCCAGGGAGGCGGGUGGAACAAAUCUGAGCGCACAAACAAAUGCGCCGCCCAAUUCUCCAAGCGGGUCUUCUCCACUGUAUCUCCCAGCGACAUAGAAUGGUACCAGGUGUACGAUCCUACAGUCUCCAUUGAGGGUAUAGAGCAGUUCGUAGUGUACAUGUCACAGGCCCAAAAGUUCCUCAUGAUCGGACCGCGGGAGAAGAUCCAGGUGGAACUGGAUCCCUUCAACUUUGAGCUUUUCACCAUGGCGCCCGUGAGGAGUAUGCCGCGUGGAAUCAGAUUUGCGGCCCUGGGGCUUGUGAACAUGCUGAACACGGGCGGUGCUGUAGAAAAGCUCAGACAUGGCGGAGCCUCUGUAAGGGUGGAAGUUAAAGGGUGUGGGCAUUUCCUCUCCUACGCUUCCAGGAAACCCAAGGAAUGCAAAUUGAACGACAAAUCAGUCGAUUUUGUUUAUCGGAUAGAGGAUGGGAGCCUCACGAUGGAGGUUCCCUGGAUAGGAGGGCCCAAUUCCAUUAUCGAAUAUAUUUUUUAGCUCCUGGUCCUUUGACCGCUACAGCCUUUCGGCUCGACUGUAUAGUUGGGUUUAUUAUCUAUUUGCCCCUUUGGAAAUGUUUUGUAUUGGGGCUUUAGUGUAAAUGUAUUGUACAUAUUUCUCAUCUGAGAUAUAUAUUUUUUAAUUUGUAGA